UUCAAGGAGUGGCAGGAGGUAUUUUAUAUAACCGGUUGUUUCUGCAUGCCUUCCCCCUGAUAAUGGGCGCCCUAUGCCGGUCCAGGGUUGGCACUCUGUGCCGGGGGGCCGUGUAUGGACACAUACUCUCUGUUGGUAUCCGUACGAUGACCGGCGGUAACCAGGGUAAGGGACCCCCUGUCACCCCCCUGCCCGGCGAUCAGCAGAGCCCCGGGGACAGCAGCCCGGCGGCGGGUCCUGCAGGAGGAGGGCGGCUAGGCCCAAUCCCCGGGCUGGAUUCCGAGGCUCUCCGAAUCAUUGCGGCCCAUGAGGCGGCCUGCGAGGCUGGACAAGACCGCUACAUUGAUCCAUCGACUGGGUACUCUGUAUUCACCAGAAUUGCCCAUUUGAAAAGGGGGAAGUGUUGUGGUUCUGCGUGCAGACAUUGUCCAUAUGGCCAGGAAAAUGUUAAAGACUCAUCAAAAAGGAAGCAAUUUAAUUCCUUUUUUUAUACAUGACAGCUGACUCCAAUCUUUUAGCUAUUUUUUCAUUAAUCAUACGGAUUUUAAAAGAUAGUACUAUAAAGCAAUUGGAUUUAGUCUUGCUAACGAUGUUGUACUUCUAGUUAAUAUUUUUA